GUGCUAUUCACGACGGCCUUUGCGCUGCUUCCGCGCCGUAAUGCUCGGAGGCGGGGAUGGGGUACAACGCUACGGUAGCGGCGUAAGCCCGGGCUUCUGGACUCUGGGGCAGGCUUGGCCGGAGCUGCUGGAGGAAACCGUUUGCGGAGCGGCUGGGAACCGCGCAGGGCGGGCGGGCGGGCGGGGUCAAAGUUACUCUGCCCGGGGGAAAGUGCGGGCCCGGGGGGGACGCGAGUAGCAGCGCGGCCGCCUCGCUCCCCAGCUUGGUGCAGCUGCCACUCCUCCUAGCAGGCUGCGGUCAUGUUAUCAGGAAAUAGCGUGUUACCAGCAGUUCUGUGCAGAGACCAUCUAGCAUGCUCCUCAAACCAGGCCUUUCAGCUGGUGCCAACAGCAGCUGUUUGAUUCCAGGGACACCAGCCUGACUUCACACCAACUGAGCAUUGGACCUGCAGAGCAGAAACUGUGUUGGAACCGGCCUUCCUUUCUCCAGUGUGCUGGGAUCUUUACAGCAGCCCAUGCUGCAGCGCCUCGCCUAUUCCACUCGAACUGCCUGCACCACUGGCUUGGACCUAACCUAGGAUAAAUCUCAGCGUGGCCUGGGUAGGGGGGAACCAUGGGGAGCUCUGCCUCGUCGCUGGCCGCAGAGACGGAGUCGGACCAUGGCUUCACUAGCCCACCCUACCCGGGGCACCCAGCUGUGGGCUGGUAUAGGAGUAGUCACAGUGGCCCGGUUUGGGAAAGUGCCCUUAUAACACGGCAGCAUCAGCAUUUACACCACCGGGUGCGAAGCCACUCCCACUCUCCUGGCUCCAUGGCAGCUGUGCGGGAGUGGUCCUGCACCCGCUGCACCUUCUUGAACCCUGUUGGCCAACGGCAGUGCUCUAUAUGUGAAGCCCCCCGCCAAAAGCCUGACCUCAACCACAUUUUGCGGCUCAGUGUGGAGGAACAGAAGUGGGCCUGUGCCCGCUGCACCUUCAGGAAUUUUUUGGGCAAGGAGACCUGUGAGGUGUGUGGCUUCACCCCAGAACCAGGGCCCAGCAGCUCCCCCUUGCCCAUCAUCAAUGGCAUCUUGCCCAAGCCCACCGUGCUUGUGGAGCCCAAGGGCACAUCCAAGGAGGAGGCUGCCAAGGUAGAAAGUGGCAGUGAGGACUCCGAGGGAAAGAGUCCAGAUGAGGCAGAGCUGGAGAACGGCUGGGCUUGCCAGCGCUGUACGCUGCACAACACGCCGGUGGCCAACUCCUGUUCUGCCUGUGGUGGGCCACGCAAGCUCUCCCUGCCCAAGAUCCCACCAGAGGCGCUGGUCGUCCCUGAAGUCAUCACCCCUGCUGGAUUUCACAUAGCCCCAGCUACUCCUCAGCCUUUAGUCUCCGUAGAGAUCACUGAUGGUGAUGCUGUAGCCACCCAGGGCCCAGUGGCUAUGGAGCAAGAGGCCCAGAAGAUGCCAGCCUUCAGCCCCUUCUCCCCAGGGCUCCAGAACAACCCUGUGCCCCGGAGCCGCCGGGAGGUGCCCCCACAGCUGCAGAUGCCAGGGCCUGAAGCCUCCCAGCCAGUGGCUCAGACCACAGCUGGGCAGAAGGGUUCUCCACAGGGUCAAGCCAGAGCUCCACCAGCUGCCCGCUUCCAGGAGCUGCUGUCCAACAAGCGGCUGGGUGUGCUGGAGGAGGAGAUGGAGGUCGGUCCGUCCCACUGGAAGUGCAGCACCUGCUCCCUGCUUAACUCUGCCGGGGCCAGCAAAUGUGAGGCCUGUAGUGCCCAGAAAGGCAGUGACACAAUCAACUUGGUGGGGGACUCGGUGAGAUUCACUCCAUGCAGCCCCUCCAGCCCUGACUUCACUACCUGGUCCUGUUCCAAAUGCACCCUCAAAAACCCCACACUGGCCCAGAAGUGCAAAGUUUGCGGCUCCUCCAAACUGCAUGGCUUCCAGGAGCACGGGGCGCAGGGUGAGCCAGCCCCCAGGUGUUCCGACUGCGGGGCUUGCGACAAGGGUGGCUGUUCCUCCUGCAGUGGCAGGGCCCCAUCCGCCCGCAAGGUUGCUCGCCUCUUCCCUUCCCAGCUGCCCACGGCCCAAGACAGGCCGAGCCAGUGGGCCUGUCCUGCUUGCACCUUGCUCAAUGAGCUCAAGGCCAAGCACUGUGUGGCCUGCCAUACCCCCCAGCACUACAUGGCCCAACACAAGGGUACCAAGCCCCUCAAGAGACGUGAGAGCAUGCAUGUGGAGAAGAGGCGACAGACAGACGAAGGAGAAGCCAAAGCCCUGUGGGAAAACAUUGUGACCUUCUGCCGGGAGAACAAAGUCAAUUUUGUAGAUGAUAGUUUCCACCCUGGGCCCAAGUCUGUGGGAUUCCCGGAAGGUGACAGUGUCCAGCAGAGGGUGAAACAGUGGCUGCGACCCCAUGAAAUCAACUGUAGCAUCUUCAAAGACCGAUCGGUGAAGUGGUCAGUGUUUCGGACUCCCAGGCCCUCAGACAUCCUACAGGGACUGCUGGGAAACUGCUGGUUUCUGAGUGCCCUGGCAGUGCUGGCAGAGCGGCCAGAGCUGGUGGAGAGGGUGAUGAUCACACGGACGUUGUGCCCUGAGGGCGCCUACCAGGUGCGGCUGUGCAAGGAUGGCACGUGGACCACUGUGCUGGUGGAUGACAUGUUGCCUUGUGAUGAGUGUGGAUACCUCCUCUUCUCUCAGGCCCAGAGGAAGCAGUUAUGGGUAGCCCUCAUUGAGAAGGCGCUGGCCAAGCUUCAUGGUUCGUACUUUGCCCUCCAGGCGGGGCGUGCUAUUGAAGGCCUGGCUACACUAACUGGUGCCCCCUGCGAGAGCCUGAUGCUGCAGGUCAGCUCCACUAACCCUCGUGAGGAGCCCAUUGACACUGACCUCAUCUGGGCCAAAAUGCUGAGUUCUAAGGAGGCUGGGUUCCUCAUGGGCGCAUCCUGUGGCGGGGGAAAUAUGAAGGUGGAUGAUGUGGCCUACGAGAGUAUGGGUCUCCGUCCACGGCAUGCCUACUCUAUCCUGGAUGUGCGCGAUGUCCAGGGCUUCAGGUUACUACGGCUCCGAAACCCCUGGGGCCGCUUCUCCUGGAACGGCAGCUGGUCCGAUGAGUGGCCCCACUGGCCUGCCCCCUUGCGUCAUGACCUGAUGCCCCAUGGCAGCAGCGAGGGGGUCUUCUGGAUGGAGUACAGCGAUUUCAUUAAGUAUUUUGACUCCGUGGAUAUCUGCAAGCUCCAUUCAGACUGGCACGAGGUGCGUGUCCAGGGCAUGUUCCCCAACAAGGCCAGUGGACCGGUGACAGUGACAUCGCUGACAGUGUUGGAGCGUGCUGCCCUGGAGUUUGCCCUCUUCCAGGAGGGCAGCAGGCGAUCAGACAUGGUGGACAGCCACUUGCUUGAUCUGUGCAUCAUGGUUUUUCGGGCUACCUUCACCAACGGGAACAAGCUGAGCUUGGGCCGGCUGAUGGCUCACAGCAAACGAGCCGUCAAGAAGUUUGUCAACUGCGACGUCAUGCUGGAGCCGGGCGAGUACGCUGUCGUGUGCUGUGCCUUCAACCACUGGAACGCUGCCCUGGCGGGCCCCACUGCUGCCCAGGUGUCCAGUCCCACCAGCAGCCGGCAGGCCACUGAUUUUUCCAGCUAUAUCCUGGCCAUCUACAGCUCCCGCCUGGUGAUGGUGGAGCAGGUAGAGGCACAGCCCACCACACUGGCAGAUGCCAUCAUCCUGCUGACUGAGAACAAGGGCGAGCGGCACGAGGGUCGUGAGGGGAUGACAUGCUACUACCUGACGCACGGCUGGGCAGGGCUCAUUGUGGUGGUGGAGAACCGGCACCCCAAGUCCUACCUGCACGUCCAGUGUGACUGCACUGACAGCUUCAACGUCGUCUCUACGCGUGGCAGCCUCAAAACCCAAGACAGCGUUCCCCCCCUGCACAGGCAGGUGUUGGUGAUCCUUUCCCAGCUGGAGGGUAAUGCUGGCUUCUCCAUCACCCACCGUCUGGCACACCGUAAAGCCACCCAGGCCUUCCUCAAUGACUGGAUGUGCACAAAAGGGACCCACAACCCCCUGCUCACACCUGAGGUCGCCGGGCUCCAUGGGCCUCGGCCGCUAUGACAAAACGCCUCCUCCACCCCGCUCCUCUCCCCGUUUAUUUUCACUGACCCUCUGGCCUGGGGUCACCCCCUGAACUGUCAGCACUGAGCCACAGGGCAGAGCUGGAGUGUCACACCAAACACUUUGCCUUGUGCUCACAGGGCUGGGGGCGAGUUCUCAGGGGCCAGGACCAGCUCUGCUCACCGCCCCCUCCCCGGCAGCCCCUGCCUCCCCCCUGCCAAUUCACGCACUUUAUGAGGAGCCACUGGGGGGGGCAAAGGGAUGAGGGCACGGCCUGGCCUGUGGCUAUCUCAGGAUCCCGCCUCCCCCAAACUCGCACUGGGGUCUGGUGCCCUCUGCCUUGCCGCAGGCAUGCAGAGCAGUAGCAGGGGGCUGCGGGAGACGGGAGGGGGUUGGAGGUUGCCGUCAACCCCCUUCCCAGGCACCAUGCUCAGGACUCUGCCCCUUCCCAUGGCACCGGGUCCCUGGCGCUGCAAAAAAGCAAAAGAAUAUACCUCUCAAGUCUGUCCAUCUAUGUGAUCCUCCGUCUGCCUGCUGGGCCCUUCCCACUGUCUUUUUCCCCUGUUGUCUGCUGUGAAAAGUGAAUGGGAGACUGGCAUCAAGGUACCUUUGCUGAGCGACAGAGGUUGCUAAUUCAGAUCACCACGCGGGCAUGGGAUGUGCUGCGGUCGCCCUACCCUUGUGCCCCCUUUGCUUACUGUUCACGGUGUGGAGUUGCUGCAUUUCCCAGACCUUCUUGAUUUCAGGCACCUUGCCUGGCCCCAGGAGACUGGGCUGCCCCUGCCUGUAGAGUGAGGACAGAGGAGUGGUGGUUGGGGCCAAGGAGAAGGUGCUUGAUUCUUUUAAAAAUCCACUACUGAUGGUUUUCACAGCAUCUUGGAGUAAAGUGAACAGAUCCAAUUCUCUGCCUGUGCUCUGCAGUGGGGAGCAAAGGUAGGUUUCCUGCAUCCUUGGAGGGGGGAGACACUUCACUGCUUUGUGGCAACAGGGGCCCCCUCAACUCAUCACACAAAUGUUACUAUGCAAUGGCAGCCACUGAAAGCAGUGCCUGGAAAGAAGCCAUGAGUCCUGAGCUGGGGCUUGGCUCCCUGGCCCUGGGCACUGCCCUGCUGCAGCCCCACCGGGCUAGCCCUACGCCCUGGGAAGGCAGGGGUUGAACGUUAGCAGUUUUGCAGUGCCCAGCAGGUGGUGGAGGGCUGCAGGUACAGACCCAACGUUAGGGGAGCAGCUCCCACCGGGUUGCUUUACUUAGUUGCCACAUGCAGGGGUGGGAGCAGCAGCAAGCCCUGUCCUUUAGCGCAAAGUCCCUUGGAAGCCAACUGGGACAAGGCAGAGAUUUGCAGGGGUCUUUCGGCAUAACUGAGGCCUGCUGGAUACUCCAUGGCAGGGGCUGUGCCCUGUAAGCAAGCAGCAGUGUAAAGGCAUCGAAUGUCAUCAGGCAGCCUAAUGCUGCCCUGAAGCUUUUCCCCAGUGUUUUCUGGACAUCGUGGCUCUCCAGUUUGGUUAGAGAGUGACUGAGUGUGUGUGUGUGUUGGGGCGGGGGGGGGAGUGAGUCUGCUAGUGUUACUGCUAUCCUUCCUAGGUUGUGAGGACCUGCAGCUCCAGGGGGUAACAGGAGAUGUUGAGCCCUGUUAAUGGCCAGGCUUCUGGUUAUGACACACGUUGGAGUGCAUUCUGCAUCGCACUGCCUGCGAUGGUGGCCACCCCGGGUGCACUGAGAACACCAGGCCCUAGGCAUGGGGAUCUGCUAGGUUUGGAGUUUGCCCGCCUGUGUCCGUCUCUUCCCACUCCUUGAAGAGACGAGGGGUGGGCAGGGGCCUGGGAAGAAGUGCUCUGGGGCACAUCCUGCUGUGGGACCCUCCUGGCCCCUUGGGGCAGGGGCUGCUCAGCCAAGCUGUCUGUAUUUUUAUUUGUUGAUCUGUUUUCUCUCUUCCCUGCUCCUUCCUCCUGGAGAUGAUUUGUUCUUUGCUUUUCCUCUUUCUCUUUCCGUCUUUGAUCUGUGAAAAUUUUUAACCCUGUACAUACUGUCCAGCUCUUAAGAAACAUAGGCUAUUUUAUCAAAUGUAAAUCAGAUCAGUACUCCCUGUAUGAUACAAAUUAUGGUGGUUUUCAAACUCAGGUUCUGAUGGACCAAAUAAAGUUUUGUUUUUUACUGAA